AUGAAACGGAGGAAUUCCAAUGUUACACCCAUCGAUGCGCUAGCCGGCGGUGUUCAUGAUACAACUAAGGAAUUUAUCACUGGGCAUACGGAUGGCGUACAAUCUUCCCCAGUGCAAAAAUUAAGGACUUUACAAAGAUAUCAUGGAGGCCCAAACCAAGAAAGAGCGGCACAUAUGGAGAAAAUUUCUCCUCUAACGCAAAAGAAGUUGGCUGUUAGUGCUGAGCAGGUCUCGAUAUUCUUGACUGCUGAUAAUACCGUUAUUUCCUUCUUCGAAAAUUCAGCAGAUGACAUUGAAGAACCCAUCCUUCACAGAUUAAGCAAUUCUGAUACAAUACUUCGCAAAUCAUGUGAUGCAUCAAUGGUAAUGCAGGCCGUUAUCGAUGCUGUCAUUGAUCUUGCUAUACCUGUCACCUCCGCCUAUCAGGACAUCAUUGGUUCAUUAGAGCUAGAUGUCUUGACAAAUCCCAAUAUUAAACAUACAACAUCAUUAUACGUCGUUACUAGCGAAAUAACCACAUUACGCAACUUUAUCAAUCCAAUUGCUAACCUCAUCAAUUCUCUUCGAGAUCAUAAAAAUGUUGGACAAAGAGGUGAUGUACAAAAGGCAGCAUCUGCUGUUAAGAUUAGUCAAAUGGCACAAACAUAUCUUGGAGACGUUGAAGAUCACAUCGUAUUAAUUACAGAAUCUUUGGAUCAACUUCGACGAAACGCUGAUGGAAUGAUUGAUUUAAUCUUCAAUACCAUCUCAGCAUAUCAAAAUGAGUCUAUGAAACAACUGACAAUUGUCACUAUCAUUUUUCUGCCGUUAAGUUUUUUGACAGGUUACUUUGGAAUGAAUUUCACCGAUAUGCCAAGUAUAGAACAUAACGAGAAAUAUUUUUGGCAAAUAGCUUUACCUGUUGCUUUUGUUGUUAUUUUAUUCUUAAUGAGGGAUAUGAUUGUUUGGUGGGUCAAGAGAACAAUCCAGAGGAGGGGAAUAUCGAGAAGUAGAAAGGGAAGGGAGAGAAGAGAGAGUAGGCAGAGGGGACUGAAGGAAAAGAGGAAUAGAUGA